CCCGCCACCUCACCAUACCUAGCAUUGCGUUGGCUGACUGUUGAGGGUCUGUCCGUUGGCUGACUGUUGAGUCCGCACACACUGCGUUGAAGGUGACAAGGCUUUUAUUUGUGGUGAACAGUUGGAAAGAUGUUUAAGAAUGAUCAUCAUGACCACAAGCAAAAAGUGGAAGCCAUGAUUAAGAACAUUAAUACAAUUUCUUUGGAGAUGAAGAAGAUGAAAGAACUCUCCCAUAUCCUGCUGUGUGACCUCAAUCUCCAUUUUGGUCAGCCCAAGAAGACUGAGGACCUCAAGGAUGCAGAAACAAGCCAUCCAUUUGAAGACCCUGAGAUACCAGAUGUAGACCUUGCUUCUAUCAGUUUAUCUGACUGAAUUUUGUAUUUGUUUUACAUUUCUGGUUUGUUGACUUAAAAUCUGGAAUAACUAAGUUUAUUAGUAUAAUUUAAAACAAUAUAAAAUUAUAAAUAAGCAUA